AUGGGCAAAGCUAAAAACCCCGACGCCAAGAUGGGCAAUCAAUCAUGGAGAAAAAAGCCUCGCAAAUUCGCCCCAAAGUCAAGGCUGGGCUCCCAGCCUUCAUGCAUGAAGUGCCAGUCCACAGGUCGCACAUGUGACGGCUAUGGUGAUAUCGGUGAUGUCCCCUCGACUUUCAGUGCCGGAGUUGGACACGAACGUCACCACAUCGAGCACCGGACUACUCGCCAUUAUCCCACAGCUACCAGCGUGUCACGACCAACAAGAUGUGACAUUCAGCCAGAUGGCCUCCACUUGCAGAACCCCAGAGCGUUCAUGAUCCUACCAGUGACUGGACCAACACAGGCAGAGGCUCUGAGUUUCUUUGAGGAUGUUGCUAUCAAAAAUCUCAACGAAUAUCGCCCCAGCAAUUCAUGGCGUAAGACACUCAUGUUCUUCUCUCAAACCGAGCCAUCAGUUCGAUGUGCAGCCAUUGCUCUGGCCUUAAUGCACCGCAAUCACCUGGAUCCAGAUUCUGGUCACGCUUUCUACCAGCCACGAUCCUUGAAAUGCCGUCUCCAGGAUGAGGCCCCUUUGCUUUACUAUAAUCGAGCGAUUCAACUACUUGUUAGCCAAAAGAACGAUGAUGACAAUCAAGUAACAGCCAUCACUCUUUUGGUUUGCUAUCUCUUCACCUGCUUUGACCAUAUGGCGGGCAACUACGUCCAAGCCAUCAAACAUCUACGCGGAGGCAUAGAGCUUUCACGUAACAUCUAUCAGGCCAUAUUAAGCAAGCAUGACACCCUUCAUGAUACCAAAUCUUCGGGCGUUCAAGGCCUCAUUUAUGAAGUCACAAGGCAGAUCCGCCGUCUAGAUAUGCAGGCUGCGAUGUUUCUCAUCGACUGGACCCCCGUCGAUAGGGAAGAGAACUAUGUUCCCCAGGUCUCAAUCUCAGCUACUACCUUCCAGUCCAUCGAACAAGCAGCCGACCACCUCCAGAUUCUCGUUACUCAGGUAAUGAGACUACGUAACACGGGGCAGGAGUUGUCUCCACUAGGGAAGAUGCCCCCAUUACCUCCGCCAUUCAAGGGUAUCAUCCUCCGACAGCUGGAAUCAUGGUCCAAUCUUUUCGAAAGCAUGUUGCAACAAGAGAACCCCCAUGAGACAACUUCUGAGUCACUUGCUCUGAUCUCUCUAUUGCGCCUACAAUAUACCAUGGCAUGGACUUUGGUCAAAAGUCACAGCCCUGACAAGGAAAUGGGCUUUGACAACUUCCUACCCCAGUUUCGGCAAUGCGUGGCCUUGGCUCGCGACGUAGCGGCAGCCCAUGAACGGUACUCAGGGUCACUGAGGCCUACUUUUACACCCGAGGUUGGAAUCCUCCCCGUGCUUUACAUUAUCGGCGUCAAAUGCCGAGAUCCCAUAGUCCGUCGCGAGGCUUUGGAUAUCCUGCGGCGACAACCGAUACAGGAGGCGGUAUGGGACAGUAUCUCUACUGCUCGGGUAUUAGAGCGGGUAAUCGAGAUUGAGGAGGGCGGAUCUCAAGAAGGGGAUACGAUACAGAGUAUGGAGGAAAUACAUGCGUGGGAAAGGAUCGAGGCGUUGUCUUGGAUACUGACCACCGGCCAAAUGGAUAUUAAGUAUACUUUCUGCGGGCGGGAGGGAUUACAUUUGGAGUCCCUCUUAUUAUAA